AUGCAGUCGAUCGAGUCCACAUCUGAUUACACGCUCGUCUCCAUUGACCGGCGUUUCGAAGAGAACAGCUUGACGCAUCCGGCCAUGGUGGAGGAAAUGAAGGAACCCGUCGCUCGAGCCAUGCUGUACCCUGGAGAUGCUAUCUACAUCCCACCGGGUUGGUGGCAUUCCGUGCGCACUUGGCAGCCGCAAGCGCCCGAAGCACUGCCCUUCUCCAUGAGUGUGAAUUUCUGGUAUGAAAUGACGCCUGAGGCAGCGGCUGCACAGCGAUCCAUGCUUUUGACGCUGGAAGUGCUCUCCUGCCAGCACGCUUUGGCCGGACUUCCCGAGGAACACAUCAGCAAACUCCUCAAGAAGCUGGGCGUGAAGGAAGAAAGUGACGACGGCUUCGCUCCAGUGGACUAG